AUGCUGGAUGACACUCUCUGCACCACGAGUAUCUCCAUGUUGAGCACCAUGGGACUCUUAGGAGUUGUCUCGGGACUCUUCCAAGUGGCCUUGCUCCUCAGCCUGGUUUUGCUGCUGAUCAACGUGGCCCACUUCUACAUGCGCAGGCAGUGGCUGCUCAAAGUUCUGCAGGAGUUCCCGUCACCUCCCUCUCACUGGCUCUUCGGACACAAGUAUGAGAUGAUUACGUUGAAUGUGCUCCAGUUAGCCAAAUGUCAGGCAGCAAGGUGUGGAAGUUAUCCAGGCGAAGGUCUGCUCCUGUUGAAUGGGCCAACAUGGUUCCAGCACCGACGGAUGCUGACUCCUGCCUUCCACUAUGACAUCCUACAGCCCUACGUGCAGCUCAUGGCCGACUCUGUCCAAGUGAUGCUGGAAAAAUGGGAGGAGCUUGUCACACAGGACUCACAUGUGGAACUCUUUGAACAUGUCUCCUUGAUGACCCUGGACACCAUCAUGAAAUGUGCCUUCAGCUACCAGAGCAACACCCAGUUGAACAGGUCAGCAAAACCUUCAGCUCAGAGCCCUUGUUCUUACCAACUGAUCGGGAACUUACCUGAUGGACAGCUUCGUGCCGAAGUGGACACGUUCAUGUUUGAAGGCCAUGACACCACAGCCAGUGGCAUCUCCUGGAUCCUCUAUGCCCUGGCCAUGCACCCCAAACACCAGCAGACUUGCCGGGAGGAGAUUCAGAGCCUCCUGGGGGAUGGCUCGUCCAUCACAUGGGACCAUUUAAGCCAGAUGCCCUAUACCACCAUGUGCAUCAAGGAGGCUCUGCGAAUCUACCCUCCAGUGCCAAGUAUUGGCAGAGUUCUCAGCAAGCCCAUUACCUUUCCUGAUGGACGCUCCUUACCCAAAGGAAUCACAGUCUCACUGAACAUUCAUGCCCUUCAUCACAAUCCAAAGCUGUGGUCCAAUCCAGAGGUUUUUGAUCCUUUCCGGUUUGCACCAGACUCCACGCAACAUAGUCACGCCUUUCUGCCCUUCUCAGGAGGAUCAAGGAACUGCAUUGGCAAGCAGUUUGCUAUGAAUGAGAUGAAAGUGGCCGUGGCCCUGACUCUGCUCCGAUUUGAGCUGGCACCAGAUCCCACCAGGGUUCCUAAC